UACCUGGCUCACAGCCUGGCCAUCAUGACCGAUGCAGCCCACCUCCUCACCGACUUUGGGAGCAUGAUGGUGAGCCUGUUCUCCCUGUGGAUCUCCUCCAGGCCGCCCACCAAAACCAUGACCUUUGGCUGGCACAGAUCAGAAAUCCUGGGAGCGUUCAUCUCCGUCAUGUCCAUCUGGAUCGUUACAGGAGCGCUCGUCUACUUAGCCAUCGAAAGGAUUGUACGCAACGACUAUGAGAUCGAGGGCCAUGUAAUGCUGGUCACUUCUGGAUUCGCCGUCAUUGUAAAUAUUGUUAUGGCCUACAUCCUUCACCACUCCACCACCCUCCACCCUCAUGGCAGAGGUUAUCAGCAGAUCGACGAGGACGGUCAGAGCCCCGUCAGUCACGGCCACUCCCACGCGCUCCUCGGUAGCCAUGGCAACACGAGCGUCCGUGCCGCGUUCAUCCACGUGCUUGGCGACCUGCUGCAGAGCAUCGGCGUCACGGUGGCAGCGACCGUCAUCUACUUUCGGCCGGAAUAUAAAGUUGCAGAUCCCAUCUGUACAUUCCUGUUCUCUAUCUUCGUCCUUUUCACCACCCUCACCAUCCUCAGAGACGUCUUCAGGAUACUCAUGGAAGGAUCGCCUAAAGGAAUCGAGUUCAACUCUGUGAAGGAAAUGCUGCUGACUGUGAAAGCUGUGAAGUCUGUUCACUCUUUACACCUGUGGGCCCUGACUCUGGGACAGUCGCUGGUUUCUGUUCAUCUGGCAAUAGAGGAAGUCGCCGACACUCAGUCGGUGCUUCAGGAGGCCACAGAGCUGCUCUCCAACAAGUUUGGUUUCCAGAACAUCACCGUCCAGGUAGAGCUUCACUCUGAAGAGAUGAGCCACUGCUCCCAGUGCCAGGACCCCAGGGACUGAUAUCCAGACUCGAAUCAACUGGAAGGAACCCAAACGGACUUGGAACGACUCAAAGACACGCUCACAACAUUUUCCACAGGUCGGGCUUCACUGCUGACAGUUGUGCCACAUUCAUCAUGCAGCUUCCUGGUGAAGGAGUUGAACCGGUUUUUUUGGCAGAUCAAUGUGUUGAACAGAAAGUUACAAGAAAUUGGACAUCAAAUUCAUCCAUGUGUUUGUAAAAGCAUGCAGAUCAUGGUGAUGGGGCUCCAUGCUAACGUUGAAGGGCAGUGCUAAAGCUUAUAGCUUCACAAAAGAUGUGAUGCAUUUGCUUUUCACCUCAUUAAAAAACAACAGUGGUGGGCGCAGCUAACUAAAAAUACGCUAACCCUAAAGCAAAAGCGCUACCAAAACAUUGUUUAGCAGUAGCUAAUGAGAAAGCGCUAAACUUAACUGCUGCGUAAACAGUCUUCACUCACUAACUAAGCUAACCUAAAACUUCAACACAAAUGUCAAUUAUUCAACUGAAAGUUUACA